GCUAUCAAUCGUCCAUCAAAUCCCCUGGACUACAUCUGUUCCGCCCUCCCAUCUCCAACCUCAACCCCGGAUUCCCCUUAUAAUGUCUCAGGAAGCAAACAGAGAAUUGGCGAGGCUAUGGCGUGUCUCUCGAACUGUCCACGAGAUGGUCAAAGACAGAGGAUACCUUCUUGCCGACUAUGAAAUCAACGUUCCGUUCGAAGACUUCAAGGAGAGAAAUGGUGCUACUGGUUCGGUCGAUCGCUCAAACAUGAGUUUUGAUGCCAUCCACGAAAACGACCCCUCAGAUAAGAUCUUUGUCUACUUUUGCGCCGACAAAAACGUCAGCAAAGCGUCCAUGAAGACCUUCAUUGGAUCUAUGGAUAAGAUGGGCGCUAGGCGGGGUAUCAUCAUCUGGAGCGAAAAGAUGUCGCCAGCAGCCAAGAAGACAUUACAAGAGAUGCAGACUGAAUACCAUCUCGAAGAUUUCCCCGAAUCCGACCUCCUUGUCAACAUCACCAAACACUUCCUCGUCCCCAAGCAUGUGAUCAUGAAGCCAGAAGAGAAGAGCGCUCUCAUCAAGCGAUAGUGAGUGUGCCGCGGGGAUGGCAUGAGCAAAGCUGACAUGGGCAU